UUACAAUUUAAAGUUAUUCGAAAUUUAUACGCCGAAGUGUUAAGAAUAGAGAAAAGAAAGAAAAACUCUAAUAAAAAUUUGAAAUAAUAAAAAAAGAAAUUAAAAAAUUUAUUUAAAAUAAUUGUUAAAAAAAAGUACUUUAGUAAAAUUUUAAACAAUAAAGCAAAAACAGUUAAAGAAUAAAUAGUUAAACAGCUAAAUAAGCAAGAUGAUGUGGCUAAAGAAAUAUGCAAAUAGUCAGUUGUUUGUGGCUUUGUUACUGCUCCAUUAUAAUGUAGUACACACAAAUGCUACCAAUAUGGAUCAAUUGAACAACAAUCAGCAACAAUUGCGGCAGCAACAUCAGCAAACAUUGGUACAAGCAGCUGUAACAUCAGCACAACGUCAACAGCAUCUACAUCAUGUACCAACUCAAUCGCAACAUCAGCUUCAGUCCCAGCAACCAUUGACAUCUGGCAUAGCGGCGCACCCAGCUAAUGGUAUUAGCAGCAGCAUCAGCGCCAACAGCAUUUUACAUGGAUCAAAUACAGGACAUCAACAUACAGAAACACAAGCCUUACCAUCUUCAUCGUCGUCCACCUCAUCAUUAGCUACCUUGCCUCAAGCUCAAUUUGCUAAUGAUAAAGAAGCUGUAAUGCAAGAAGUUUUAAAACAUUUCCAUACAGAUGAUGAUUUAAACGAUCCCUAUCAAGUUCUCAAUGAAUUAAAAAGAGAUACGCAUGUUAACACAUAUCAGGGACCUCCACCACCGCCACCAUUUAUAUCUACAAUUCCAACUUCGCUCAGCAAUCACAUGGCCUAUAAUUGGAAUUUAUAUGACAGACCUUAUGUAGGCAACAAUUUGCCACCUCCCCCGAUAACUGGGUUAUUUUCACAUAUUUUCAAUCCUUUUGAAGCUUUUCCAACACCAUUUCCUGUAACACCACGAUUUAUGCCCAUAAUGAGUUAUCCUCAACCGGUAUAUGUGCCGUAUCCGUUUAUAAUGUCACCAGAAAUGUUUUAUCAAAGCUAUUCAACUCUACCACAUUUAGCUAAUGACUUUGAAGACUCUAUGUCACGUGGUGCUGGAUCAUCUAGACGUCCAACAGCUACACAAAAUCCUUCUUCCUAUCCACGCAAUUCUCCUAUUUAUUACGUGCGUUUACCGCCUACACCAUACAUGUUCUUACCAAGUUUAGGAUCAUCCUCUACAAACAUACCCGGUUAUCCUUCUAUGUUACCGUAUCAGUCGUUACCUCCCUUUCCACCAUUUUCCUCCAUUUACAAUGUCCCAAUUAAUUUUUUGACCAAUGGUAAACCCACGAAUAUCUAUCAAAUGAGUGCUCCUCCAAAUGACGUACAAAAUCCUUUGCAAUUCGCUAAUAUACCAUCCAGCUUUAAUACACGACCCCCACCACCUCCUCCUCCUAAUGCUUAUAGACCACCACACAAUUACUUUCAAGUACAACCCCCAACAACAUCAUCAAAUUAUGCCCCCUAUCCCGCCUCUGCAACUUCGUCUUCAGCAUCAUCUCCUUCGUCACCCACAACUUCAGCAACUUCAUCGUCUUCACAUCAGGACUCCAAAUUGACAUCUCUAAAACGUCCAUAUUAUUUCAAUGGUCGUCCGGAGGAUAUUUAUAUAUUACCAAAUAAUUUUAAUUCCUUAUAUUCAUCAGAAAGUAGUUAUUAUUAAAAACAUUAAAUUUAAAUUAAUACCGUAGAUUUAUUAAAGCAAUAUUAUACUGCUAUACAAAUUAAAAUAAAGAUUUGUAUAUUGAUAGGUCCAAAUGGCUAGAGGAUAAAAAUUUUACACAUACAUAUAAUGUAAAUUUUGUUUACUUUUAAUUUUUAAAUAUUCUUAUUUUUUUAAUUUGCAAACUCAUCAUGUUUAAAAAAAAUUAGACACAACAAU